AUGCUUGAAAAUUCGAUUAGUGUUCUCAUCACGGGUGGAGCCAAUGGCAUUGGACAAGCCAUUGCUGAGAAUUUGCUGGCUUCCGGAAUUGAAAAACUCGCUAUUGUGGAUAUCCGGAUGAUUGAGAAGGAUGUCUUGAGUUUGUGGAGAUCAGAAUAUCCCAAGUAUUCUAUGGAAUUCUUCCCAGUGGAUGUCACAGACAUGGAUAGCUUCAGAAAAGCCUUUCAUGAAGGAAUCGAAAAGUUCAAAAAGUUUGAUAUAGUGAUCAAUAGUGCUGGUAUCUUCGAUGAAUUUGACUUCGAGAAGAUGUUUAAAGUAAAUGUCUGUGGUGUUGUAAACUCCUGCCUACUGGCCAUUGAACACAUGCGCCAGGAUAAAGGUGGAUCUGGAGGAUGUGUACUCAACAUCUCUUCAAUAGCCGCCCUAAAACCCGUCCUGGCUGCUCCUCUAUACUCUGCCACAAAACAAGCAGUUCUCACAAUCACCUCGAGCUUUUCCGAAGCCUUCUUCUUCUCUCGCUUCGGCAUCUACUUCCACACUCUCUGCCCAGGAGCCACAAACACCCGACUCUUCACCGAUUCCUUCGAUGCUCGCUGUCUUUUUCCCGAAUUUGCUCCCGAAUAUCAUGCUGCAAUGGCCAAAUACCCCAUCCAGGAUGUUCAGGCUGUGGCCAAAGCUGCUCUUGAGAUACUCAAAGAUCACAAGAAUGGCAGUGUAUUCGUCAUUGACGAUGGGAAAAUUGAUUCAAGACAGUGA